UCAAGAUUACACGGAUUACACUUUUUCUGCGUGGAAGUGGAAGUUGGGCUUCAGAUUUUUAUCAUGAAAAGGAAACUUCUGAAGUUUUUCAGCCUCAUACCAGAUCACUAAAUUGAUUUAGUUUUGUGUUCUUCUACUGUUAUCAUAACUUAUCUAUAUUUUAAGUCUGGACACAUGGACUGAUCAGAAGUUCUUGGAAUAAUGAGUGACUUCUCCUGGAUUCAUCUCGAUUCGUGGAUUUAACAGUUGUUUUUAGAAAAGACUGUAUGUGGUACACUUUCCAAAAGCUAUGGAAUUUUGCUUGCGAAUUAAUCUUUUUACAGCAUUUGUCUCCUGUAUUAAGGUUUAUGUUCAAGCGGCACAACAUGUCAAGCACCCAGGCCUGCAGGUGUUGGCCACGGCCUCACAUUAUUGGCCUCUCGAUGCUGUGGACGGAAUCCAUGAACUGUGGGACCAGAUUGGAAACAGACCAGGUUAUGUUAAUGGAAGUAACAUAACUCUCAGAAUCCACAACCACACUGUGCUCCCUUCUUCCCAUAACUCUUCCUAUGUGUAUACCAAUGACUCUGCCUACACUAACAUUUCUGCAACAGUAGAUAUUGUUGAAGGUAUGGUCAACAAGGGCAUCUUCCUGAAUGGAGACAAUGGCGGUACCUUUCUCCACUUUGGGAACUACCAGAACUCUUGUAUUAGCGACCCUACUUGGUGUGGUCCAGAGGGGAUUACCUUCUCCUUUUUCUGGAAAAACUACGAGGUAGAAUCCCGUUUUGCUGUAGCCUCUGGAGGGAAAGUUAUCUCAAAUGGCUUCUCCGUCUUCACCAAUACCUAUGGAGGAUAUGUGGAGUUUUACACUCGAGGCAACAACCACAGAUGGAAGGCCAACAUUGGACUUCCAGGGCCUUUUUGGACCCACAUUCUCUUCACAUGGACAAAAAAGGAUGGUCUGAAGGUCUACAUCAAUGGGACUUUUACUGCGGGUGACCAAGCUGGCAGUGUCUCAGAGAACUACGGUGACCCCUACCCCGACCUUGUUAUUGGAACUGGCAACAACAAGGCAUAUAGACACUAUCUAACAGGCGCCUUCGAUGAGUUUGUCAUCUGGGAGAGAGCCCUUUCAGCGUACGAUAUCUUGCUCUACUACAGUGCAGCCAUCGGUCAGGCCCUGGUUUCUGCCACAACACCCGGAGUCUCCAGAGACGUCACUUCAACUGCACCAACAGUAAGAGCCACAGAAGUGAGUCCUCCUGUCGUCAGCAGUCAGCGCGAGGAGGUCCAGAGCUCCCAGGAUCCAGAGUCCUUGCCGGUGUUGGGCUUCCUGAAGGCGCUGCCCAAUAGGACUAUUCCUCACAACACUGCCAACAACCUUACACAGACUUUUCUCAAAAGUGUGGAAGAAGUGCUGUCCUCUCCAGGGCUGCCAGAGCAGCAGUCCAUCCCUGUGGUCAGCGGUCUGAUCGAGACCGUGGACAGAGUGAUGGAACACAUGGUGACUAACCUGGAGCCCAGCCCGAACUCCCAUCUCUCCCUGGGUGGAACAUCUUUUGUUGCAGAUUACUCUCUGAUGAAAUUCCCACAGAACUACGACCUGUCACAUUACCGCUUCCCCACACAAGGCAAGAGUUACAUCUCAGUCCCUGGAGAGGCCUUCACCAUGCAGUCUCAAACCACCAUCGUUGGCCUCUUCUACCACAAUAUGCACAACUACUACAAAGAGAUCAGCCCGGCCAAGACCAGGAUUAACGAAGCAGCUGAUUACAAGGAUCACAAGAUCCAGGUAGCAAGUUGUCUGAUUUCUCUGAAAGUGGAGCCUUCACCAGCCCUGUCGGUCAACCUGUCUGGAUCUCCACUCAUCAAGAUCGUCCUCACCCACGUCCUGAGUAAAGAACAGCAAGAGCAAGUCCUUAAUCAGAGCAAUAAGGUCUACCUCUACUGCGCCUUCUUGGACUAUAGCUCAAAGGAGGGAGUAUGGUCCAACGAAGGCUGUGUACGCUCAGGUGGGAACAUGACCUACUCUGUGUGUCUGUGCAACCACCUUACCAACUUUGCAAUACUGAUGCAGGUGGUGCCUUUAAAGCUCACUACUGGCCACAGGGUGGCACUGUCAACCAUCGGUUAUGUCGGUUGCUCAAUCUCCAUCAUCUGUCUUGCCAUCACUCUGGUCACUUUUGCAGUUCUGUCGUCAGUGAGUACUAUCCGUAACCAGAGAUACCACAUCCACGCCAACCUGUCCUUCGCCAUCCUGGUGGCUGAGAUCCUACUGCUUAUCAGCGCUCGCUUUGACCCGGGCACGCUGCCUUGUAAAGUCAUGGCUGUCCUGCUUCACUUCUUCUUUCUGAGCGCCUUUGCCUGGAUGCUGGUGGAGGGCCUCCACCUCUACAGUAUGGUGGUCAAGGUGUUUGGCUCUGAGGGCAGCAAACACUUCUACUACUAUGGCAUCGGCUGGGGCGCUCCAUUGGUGAUAUGUGUGGUGUCCAUGACAUCAGCCCUGAACAGUUAUGGUGAGGUUGACAACUGUUGGCUGUCACUGACGAAUGGAGCCAUCUGGGCAUUUGUGGCACCGGCUCUGUUUGUCAUUGUGGUGAAUAUUGGCAUUCUGAUAUCUGUGACCAGGAUCAUAUCCAGAAUCAGCGGAGAGAGUUACAAAGUUCAUGGAGAUGCCAAUGCAGUCAAGCUGACAGUGAAGGCAGUGGCUGUGCUCUUGCCUAUACUCGGCAUUUCCUGGAUCUUUGGCGUUCUCGCUGUCAACACACACUCUUUGGCCUUCCUAUAUAUUUUUGCAGUAUUCAACUCAUUACAAGGGUUCUUUGUCUUCUUGUUUCACUGUCUUCUCAAUUCUGAGGUCAGAGCUGCUUUCAAACACAAAACCAAGGUGUGGUCUCUUACCAGCAGCUCCAUUCGAAACAUCAAUGUGAAGCCAUUCAACUCUGACAUUAUGAAUGGAAACAAGGAGGGUGUGACUCCCACCAAGAUGAACACUUGGGACAAAAGCACCAACUCUGCCAAUCGAAUUGACCUCUCCGCUGUGUAGAACCAUUUGUGGCAGGAGAUCAAUCCAAAGUUCACUAGUGUAGAAUGACAAACACUGGCCAGAGUAUUCUUCCACUGUGUUAUGUAAUGAAUUGGACACUCAUCUGUUCAAGUGAAAGUGAUACCAAAGGAAGUGCUGUGUAGCUGAUUUAUAGCUUCACCUUUGAAGACAAACAGACUCUAAGGACUGUGCCUUAUUAUUGUAUCAUAAAAUGUGUUCCCAAAAACAAGAGCAGGGAUUUCUGAGGAGGUCAGCGAGAGUCUUAACAUUCAGAGGUUCAGAAUGGAUUUUCUAGAUUUACCUGAUGCAUGGUCCAUUUGUAUUUAAUUGUGGUUGAUUUAAUAAUUGGAAAAGGAAUAGUAUAAUAUUUUUGGAAAUUAUGCCUAUAUGUUUUCUUGCUGAGAGUUAGAUGAAAAGACUUUGCUGGUUAGGUUAGCUUAUCUUAGCUUAGCACAAAGACUGUAAAUGUGAAAAUAUUUAGCCUGUCUCUGUUCACAAGUGAUAAAAUCCACCUGCCAGCACUUCUAAAGCUUAUUGAUCAACUUGUUUUAUCUCUUCAUUCAAUCAGUUUCAAUACAGAAGUGUAAAAAUGACACAUUAUGGUUCUACCCUACCGUUAUGUGCUGGACUAGCUAGCCAAGCUAGCUGUUUCCAUGUUUAUGCAAAGCUAAACUCAAGUCUUCUGCUGCUGGCAGCAUAUUUAUGCCAUGUGUCCAAUGCAUGGUGUGACUCGAUUCAUCUUGUUUUUGAUACCAGGUCCUUUUCUCUAUUUUUUUUCCACUGCGACCCAUGCGAUUCUCAGCUGGUCGCCACGUGAAAUUGUGGUGAGAUCAUCUUCAAAGUGACACUCACUGAAUCCUUUCAUCUGCACCAAACAGAGGAACUGCUGCACCUCAUUAAUUAUAUGGCAUAGAGUAAAUAGUACGUCAGGGGGGAUUGUACAGCAUAGUUUUGCGGGCUGUCAUUCGCCAAUUGCCAAAAUUGUGGUUGCUAUUGACGGCAAUUUAAAAUCACUUAUGACAAUUCUCUCUGGCAAAUCAGUGGUCUGCAGUGUUUUAGCUCCAUGUUCUAGUAUUGGCUCAGCCUGUUUGAUAUGACAUUAGUGUACAGACGAGUGGUAGCAAUCUUUUCAUUGAACUCAGCAAGAAAGCAACUAAGCUUACUCCCCAAAAUGUCAAAAACAUUCCCAUUAAAUCACAGUUGUUUUGACAUGUAAUUUGUAUGACACAAUAGAAUAGAGCUAUUACAUCUACUUUAAUUUACUUGCAGAAAAUGUAACUAACAUUUUAGAUAUGUUUUUUCAGGGUGUGGUUGCAUACAAAAACAUAAACUUGGAUGGAAAAGACACAGGAAAGCAGCAUAUUUCCCUAAAUAUAGACUUUGAUUCAUGCCAUGAAAAAACAAUGGCACAAUGGUUUCAUUGACUGGUAAAGUAUUCAUCGUCACCAAGAUUCACCUGGUUCAUACUGCUUUGAUCCAAUGUUGGGGACAACGCAACUCAAGAACUGCAUGAAAACAAUGGAUGAAGUUGUAGUGAAUUAGACCCGAUGUCAUUCUGAUAUAAUGUAUUUAUUUAUUUUGUGAUCCGUGUCUUCUGCAAAGUGCCACAGCUCAACAAUCAGUAUGUUUAUUGUUAAAUUCUAUGUCUAUUUGUGUCUCUCUUAAAUGAACUGGUAUAUUUGCAGUACCUCACAUCGUAGUAAGCUGCAGUAUGUUAGGCUUUUUGAGGAAUAGUGAAUACUGGUUGUUUUUUGGACACAAUUCUGUGAAGUUUUAUGGUGUCUAGUUAUUUCUGUUGCUAAUUUCUUUUACAUUUCCGUACAUUUUUUCUACAAUGAAAUAUGUUCUACAACAGAGGGACUUAAUAGGGUUAUUGCUUUUUUUUUCUUAAAAUACUGUGAGAAUGGAGGGAGAUGGCAUAUUUUUAAAUGUCAUUGAUCUUACACUGUACCAGCAUUAAGUUUCCUAAAACAGGAUUUACUGUAAGUCACUCUGCGCUCACUAUUCAUGACAAAUUUAAAUAUUUCAAAAUGUCUAUGCUUAUAUGGCUUUUAAUGAUUGUUGUCUUAUGGUACUAUGGUUUGUGCUUUCAAUUAUCUUUAUUAUAAAACGUUCAUGACAAGAAAUCAGUGUAAUCUUUAUUACAUGACUUUCACCAUCAUGUUCACAUUACAACAUGUGACCCGCAACUCUGCCAUUAACC